ACAAAGCCUAAGUUUCUGGUAAGGAUAUCCAUAAUCGGUAUUGGGCCACUUAAAUGGAUUUCUUUCAGGUCGACUAGCCAAAUUUUGAAUCAGAUGUUCUUGUUAGCACCGAACAAGAAAUAAGGUUUUGGAAUAAUGCAUCAAUUGAAGCAAAGAGCGACUGAAAUACCGCAGUAUCUUAAAGGUGUUGUGAGUGAACAUGGAAUUGAAAGGUUCUUUUUCACUUCUGAAGUCCUCGGUGAGAAGUUGAGCGUUGUCGUUGAGAGAUUCGCCCAAGAGGAGGUCGCAAAUCAAAUCCAGAACCAAAAGGUGCCGAAUCUCGUCUCCUGUCGAAUGGAAAGUUUUCCACACUUUUAUAUUUUCCCUAAUAGCUAUACUCACUGCUCUGUCACCGCAGCUGACCUCGAGGCGAUGCAAGAAAUAUUCAAAUCAGAGUUUAAUAAGACAAUUAAGUGGCCUCCAGGGGUGUUGGUUGGACAUUGUCCGGUUUGUGGACAUAGUGAUGUGUUCACCGGACGAUUUAGUAUUGAAGCAAUGGCCAAGUCAUACUUCAAUCACCAACUUAAAGAUGGUGGUGAGAGACACUAUUCUUUGGAGGUAGUGACUCAUUUUAUGCCAAGAGUUUUUCAUGAGAAAUGUUAUCAGCAGCUGUCAAAGCUAGCCGAAGGGUAUAAUGUACAAUUUCCAGCAGCCCCAGAGCCUAAGUAUCACAUCACUCAUACAGGUUAUGAAUUCCCAAUACUCACGGAACAGUGGCUUAAAGUACAAAAGCUUGUAAGGGCAUUAGAUGGACAAAUCCGAAUUAAUCUGAACCCAAGAGUUUUCACAGAGACUGAAAUACAAGUAUUUGGUAGAAAUAGUCACACUGAGAUUUUCCUCCACAAUAUUACACACGAAGAGAUGAAAUACUAUGCUCUCUGCUCUGGACUGGUGCUUACUUACACAGAAGAAGAGUUUGAAAAUGACAAUGUAUACCCAACAGACGAGAGAUAUUAUAGAAGUGAAGGAAACAAGAAAAUGAUUUCCAAGGAAUAUAGAACAGCAAUUGAUUUGUACAACAAAUCAAUACUUGCAUCUCCGAUAAACUACUUUUCCUGGUGUCAGAGAGCUACAGCUUUCAUUAGCUUAAAUAAGUAUGAAGAAAGCUUAUUGGAUUUUGAGGAAUGCAUUAAGUUGAACCCCAAAUGGGUGAAGGGGUACCUCUUCAGAGGAUUAUCCCAGCUGCAUUUACGACAGUAUAAAGAUGCACUUGUGACCCUUAACUACGCAGGAAGUAUGUGCCCUGAUGAUAAAGAUGUUGCACAGAAGUUACUUGCCGCUGUUAAUCUGGCAUAUGAAGGAGAUGGAAUUGACUACUAUGUUAACAUUAUCGAGGAUAAGCAGUAUCAAGACAUGCAUUUCUUCUUGAGCCAAGUGUGCUUGUAUAUAUGUAACCUUUGUAAGGUUGAUAUCGGAGAGCUCGGAAAAAACGGGCUCAGAAUAACUAAACUGGUUCCUCAUCACCUUACACUUGAUAAGGAGAGUGCAGCAAAACUAGCUAUCAGAUUGAACACACUUGACGUUAAAGAGCUUAAGCAAUAUGCAGAAGUUUUUCAAAGCAUCGCCGGCCAGGACCUGUGCGACCAUAUAAAAUCCGUGCGCGAAAAGGAAGCAAGGGAAGAACUCUUUGAAAUAAAGCAAACACAAGAAUUGCAUAAACGCCUUGUUGCGCUACAGACACGGGAAGGUGAGAUUAUUCGGGAGUUGAAGAUGAACAAAGAUAAAACCGAAAACACUAAGCAGACGGCGAAAGGUAUCCGGAACAAGAAGAUAUUGUUCAACUUGAAAAAAGCCCUAGCUGAUGAGAGGAAGUACUUAGAUCAAGAACUCGAUGUCAUUCGAGAAUCGAAAACCAAGAUAGAGGAAGCAUUAGAGAGGAGAAGACCUAACCCUUGCUCUACAGGCGUCUUCCCCCUUGUCGACAGGCAAGAAAAGAUUCCCUGCUCCAAGAGCUACUCACCAGAGCAGCUGAGGUCCCUCCCGUGGAGGCUCAUUGAGAAAGCGCAAAAGAAGGGUAUGCUCAGUGAGACAAGACUUCGGCCAUCUAAACAAGAACUCAUGACAGCGAUCGAGCCUUUCAGUGACGAGGUCGAGUGUGGGGCGCAUUUACCCAUAGGAGUAGUCCUCGACGCCUUCAUGCUUGGGUCUUACUCUAGCGUGUGGGAAAGGGCAACCUGGGCGGCAGGGCAUCGAAUGGUAGAACAAGGUGCCAAUAGCAGCGAUACCUUAACAGCUACGGAUAAGAUCUCGAAAAGUAGCUGUUAUUCCCCAGAGGAGUUCCCGAGUCCAGACGAUUUUGAAAACAUCGAUGCUUUUGCGGAAUUUUGUAUGAAUAUGGGAAGUAAAUGUGGGGCAGGGAUAGGGAGCGUUGAAGACGAUAAGGUGUUUCUUGACGCAUUUUCGAGUGUUGAGGACUUGACGACCAUACACGAGUUGUCCACCAGUAUAGGGGAUUUGUUACACUUUGACGAGAGGCUGCGAGGAAUAAAAAGAAAUCGCGACCAUGCGCAAAAUCGUGGCGAUCACUUGCGAGAAAGUCCCGACAAGACGCUAGAAAAUUGCGAUCACAUUCAAGAAAGUUGCGACCAGACGCGAGAAAGUCGCGAACACGCGCGAAAAAAUUGCGACCAGGUAGUGGAACAGCAGCAGCAGCAGAGGAUGUAAAUAAUCAUAUAUAUAUCUUGGUUUGUAGGAAAAAAAACACGCGAACUACCGCCAUUUGCGAUCUUCUUUUUGACAAUUUAUUAUAAAUCUCCUGAUGAGUGGGCAACCACGAAACGGGCUUGUAGAGAUGAAACGGUAGGUUCAUAGUUCGCGUGUUUUUUUCCCUACAAACCAAGAUAUAUCCCGCUCUACACCUGUGUAUUGAGCACUGUUCUAUGAACGCCUGCACUCACGCAUUAGUCAUAAAUAUAGAUAUUUUUGUAUCGCAACCAAUUUCUAAAUAAAAGACACUAUGUAUGUUAAAAGAGAAUUUUACGGAUCUAGACAAUGUACCAAAUCAUGGGGCUGAGAAAAAUUCGAUGUCUCGGCAUGUGCUAUCUUUGUGGCUUUCUUGCUUAAGGUAUUGUAGCACAUGGAAAAAUAUAUCCUUUUUUUAAAUACAAGUCACAGAAA